AGAUUUGUCCUAAUACCCGUUUUGCAGCCCUGUCCUCCCCCGCCCUCUGCCCGCUACUGGCGUCGAAACUGUAGGUGAGCUCCCCUCCAAUCACCGCCUCCGCUGUUACGAGUCCUGUAACCCUAGAUUGCAGCGCCCCCAGGUCCUCUCGCCCUCGGAAGAAUCGGGGAAAACCACGAAUGGAGGGUGCCGUGACGGAGAAUGCAGCGGUGCCUGUGCGAGCGGCGGCCCCUGAAGCCGCUGUUCACUCGGAUCAGCAUGUGGAGAGUGGUGCGAUGGUGGAGGACUCUGCGGCGUCCACGGUGGCUCCAGAGUCAACUUCUGACGCAGAUCAGGCUAUCGAGGACGCAGCCCCGGAGGACGGGGUGGACGAGGAUACAGUGACAAAUGUUGAUGUCAGUCCUGAGGACAUGAGAAGCAUCAUUGAAGUUAUAGCUGACACCGGAAAGUUCUGGCAUGACUGGAGGUUCCUCAAGAGUGUACUGUCUAUUCAAUUGAAGCAGGUCUUGGAUGAAUAUUUUGAGGUUGAAAUGGUGAGCCAAAAUGAUGGGCAACUGAGGUCUUUCUCAGAGCUAUUUAGUCGGCUAAAUGGUGCCCUUGAAAGGUUUGAAGAGGGUCCUCCAUUCACACUGCAAAGGCUUUGUGAGAUUUUGUUGGAUCCAAAAGGAACAUAUACAAAAUUACCAAAGCUUACAUUGGCCCUGGAGAAGAAUCUCCUAGUUACAUCUACAAUAACGAAGUGCACUGACCCAUAUCCAGCUGCUCAUGGGCUGCCAUGUUCGGAUUGCACGCAAAUUACAGAAAUUUCUGGGCCUGCUGAUGUAGAGUCUGUGAGCACACCUGAGCAUACAACAGCAGUACCAAAUGGAACAGAGCAUGUAGCAGGUGAUGUUGACGGAGAGAUGGCUGAAGCAGAAGCUGAGGAAUCAUCUGGUAGCCACGACAUAGAGAUGCAGGAGGACAAGCGUGAUCAGGUUGAUAAUGUUAAUGCUGAUGCUAAUCCUGGUGCUGCAGCUGCUCCUGAAGCAGUUAAUGCCAGUGAAUCCACAUCGCAGCCACAAAGUUGAGCUUGCUAGAAAAGAAAGUCGCAGAAUCAAGUUUCUAGUACAGCUGUCCAUUUAGCAAUUUGAGAGUAUUGCUCGCCAACUCUUGGGAUUCGCUCCUUGCUUCCUCAAACAACCAGAAAGGGAAUGUGGAUUCAGAAGUUGACAGGAUUAGCCGAUCAUACUAGAUGUUGAUCAUCCUGAAACACUUUAAACUUUCCAGGGAAUGCCUUACUCACAAAGGCCAUGGUAUGUUUUGAUCAAUCGUACCUUUCUUUCUGCGUCACCACAUAGGUUAGAAAUUCUGUGUACGGGUUGCCAAAAUCCAUGAAGGAUGAGUAAAACGAAUAUCUUCACUAAGUCGCUGAUGUAUCAUUAGAGUGAAUUUCAUGCACGUCUUGCCCCAUCUACUCCAGUAUUUAUUACUGAACCUUGAAAAAAAUCCCAGUCCAUCGUUCAUUUGUAAUGACUUUGCCCUGAUGCAUUCACUAGGUUAAGAUAAUGCUAAUUUUUUCUUCAUUUUCUA